GAGGACUUAUCUCGUAUUAAUGAUGCUGAGUCUCUGUAAACAAACACAACAAUUGGUUCCUGGAAUGUGGCAAACCACGCCUAUUUUUACACAUGUUGCUGGUUAUCUAAAUACUACAAAAGAAUCUCUCCUGAUGAAGAUAGCAUGGGAGAUGAUGAACCCUGAGUACAAAAAAGGAACGCAGAGGAAACCUACUACUACAGUGAAAAAGAAAGAUCCUAUUAGUAAGACUGCUGCUCCUAGUAAGAAAACUUCUGCAACCACAACCCAAAACAAUGCAGAAAGUGAAAAGAAAAAGAGACUUAGUGCAUAUAUCAAUUUGGAUGUCUUGGAUAAGCUAUUUGAUGAUGAGAACUCUCCAAAGAGGACUAAGUUGGAGAAACUAGUUGGUGUUGGUGACCAAGUGAAAAAUUCACAGCAAAGAAGUGAAGAAGAAUGUCUUUUGGAACCUGAAGGUUUUGAAGAAGAAGAUAAACCGGUCUGGAACGAGGAUUACAGUACUGAAGAAGCUAAUGGAGGAGAGGACGAAUUCUAUGGUGGUGCUGAUCUUGAAUAUGAAGAUCAAGAUGAAGCAUAAUAUAAUGAAGAUAUUAUUUGGUGAUCUCAUCAUACAUUGUGAAUUGAUCUCAACAACAUUGAUUAUUAUUACUUUUUUGACAAAAUCUCUAAAAUUACAUUCAUCAUCUUUUCCUAUCUAAUAAAUGAAAAGCCUUCCACA